AAUAGGCUAAAGGUAUGUGCAGAAAUGCUUAGUUAGGGUAAAAAAACCUAUAAAGUUUAAUGAUUUUUAGCUCUACAAAGAAAAACACACAAUUUCAUGGGUAUAUCAUUAAAAUUAAAAUAGAGAUGAGACUUGCUAUACUGGUAAUCAGCAUAGUUGUUUUGGCUUACGGUAAUGAUGAAAUAGAAAGUGGAAAUAAAGAUAAUCUCAAACAAGAUGAAAAAGACAAUUCAAACGUAAUUUCUGAAAAAGAAACACCUGAUAAUGAGCCAGAUAGUAAAACUAAUAUUGAAGAAGAGGAUGUUAGACCAAUACAUGUCACAAAAGUUAAAGUUGUUCAGGACAAUGUAAGUGGCAAUAAGCACAACUCUUUCUCAGAAGACCAGUCAAGGAAUAGGGGUGAUGAGAAAACUGUAUCUGAUAUUAAAGAAGAAGUUGAACAAAGGAUAUCAGAAAAACAAAAGCUAGAACAGGCUACAAUUGAAGAAACUAAAAAUAUACAUGAGCAUAAUAAGCAGCCCAAUAAUAUUGAACAGGUAGUAGACAAUAAAGAAAAAGUUGAAACUGAUUCCAAUAGUGACUUUUCAUCAGGAGAAAUACCUCCUAGUUUCACCGAUAAUAAUAAGGAAUACCUUGAAACAACAGAGGGUUCUGGUAGAGUAAUUGAUGCAGAAUCAUUAUUGCAAAACACUGACACUUCUGAAACCCUUAAAAAAGAAGAGGAACACCUUGAAACAACAGAGGGUUCUAGUGAAGUAAUUGAUGCAGAAUCGUCAUUACAAAACACUGACACUUCUGAAACUCUUGAAAAGGAAGAUGUAAAUGAAAUAACUAAACAGGAUAGUGACGCUACUGAAACUAAAACUGAUAUAAAAGAAAACACUGAGCAAGUUACACCUGAGGAUAAUGUCGAGAAAGCUGAAGAAAAAAUUAAUAUAGAUGACAAUCAACAAAAAGAAAUUAAAGUUGAAAAUAAUGCUGAAAAAGAAACUAAAGAAGAAAACAUUAUUAAAGAAAAAACAAUUAGCAAAGAAGUUCCAGGUGAAGCUCUCUAUAGUAAAGGUGAACAGAUGUUAAAACAAGAAGUGAAAGACUAUAAAGGGGCAUUUAAACUGUUUGCAGAAGCAGCAGAAUUGGGUCACAUUAAAGCAAACGAAAGGAUUGCUUAUCCUUACUUAUUUGGAGAUUAUGUACGGCAAAAUAAAUCGAAAGCUAUUGAUAUUUUUAACAAGCUGGCAGAACAAGGAAAUCCACUUGGCCAACAGGGUCUUGGAUUUGUGUAUGGUACUGGACUUGUUGUGAAUUCAAGUCAAGCGAAGGCAUUGAUCUAUACAACAUUUGGUGCUCUUGGUGGAAAUACCUUGGCUCAGAUGAUGCUGGGUUAUCGAUACUUCACUGGAAUCAGUGUGAAACAAAACUGUGAAACUGCUUUGACAUACUACAAAAAAGUGGCUAAAAAAGUAUCUGAUGCUGCUGCUACAUCAAAUGGAAACGCUAUCCAACGUGUCCGCCUCUAUGACGAGCUUGAACAACCUGGUGGCACAACUGGUCAAAUAGAUGAAGACUUACUUCAAUAUUAUCAAUUUCUAGCUGAUAAAGGAGAUAUACAAGCACAGGUUGGUUUAGGACAACUGUUUUUUCAAGGUGGAAGGGGUGUUGAUAUUAAUUAUAAGAAAGCCUAUAAAUAUUUCCAACUGGCUGCUGAAGCAGGAAAUGGGAAUGGAUUGGCAUACCUUGGAAAAAUGAACAUGGAAGGGUUGCAUGUUACAAAAGACAUCAAUACAGCUCAUGAGUAUUUAAAGAAGGCUGCUGAUGAGGGAAAUCCUAUUGGACAAGCAGGGCUUGGUUUGAUGUACUUAAAAGGAGAAGGUGUGAAACAAGAUUACGAUGCAGCGAUGAAACAUUUUAGUCAAGCUGCAGAACAAGGUUGGGUGGAAGGACAGUUACAACUUGGAAACAUGUAUUACAAUGGCAUUGGUGUAAAGAAAGAUUACAGACAAGCAGUGAAAUAUUUUACAUUUGCUUCACAGUCAGGACACGUGUUGGCGUUUUAUAAUCUGGCUACUAUGCAUGCUACUGGCGCUGGCGUGUUGAGAUCAUGUCACACUGCAACUGAGCUGUUCAAAAAUGUAGCUGAGCGAGGCAAGUGGUCUAUGUCAUUUAUGGAUGCAUAUGAUGCGUAUAAAGCUGGUGACAUCGAGACUGCACUUUUUAAGUAUUAUUUACUAGCAGAGCUCGGUUAUGAAGUUGCGCAAAGCAAUGUAGCGUACAUUCUCGAUAAAGGUGAUGUCCACGUAUUUACCGACAAUCAAACAUACGCCAGAGCGUUGUUACAAUGGUCACGUGCCGCACAGCAAGGGUAUGCUACUGCGAGAGUAAAAGUUGGUGAUUACCAUUAUUAUGGCCUGGGCACGAAGGUAGAUUACGAAGCGGCAGCGCUGCAUUACAGACUUGCGUCUGAUCAACAAAGCAACCCACAAGCGAUGUUCAACUUAGGUUACAUGCAUGAACAAGGAUUUGGAUUAAAAAAGGACAUUCACUUAGCGAAACGAUUUUAUGACAUGGCAGCUGAAGCAAGCGUGGACGCGCAGUUUCCCGUUUACCUUGCUCUCACCAAAUUAGCAUUCUAUUUCUCCUGGGAGUGGCUAGAAAAGAAUUACAGAUUUUGGGAUCACAUACAAGUCGAUCAAACGUGGACAUAUAUCUUUAAAAAACUUGGACCUGAAUGGGACGUGUAUUUGAUGACUAUUCUUGCUGGUGUUUUAGGGUCUCUCCUACUGUUCCGUCGCGCCAUCCGAAAUUAGUUACAUCAUAGAGAAACAGACCCGGUACUUUCAUCUUUACGAAGAAAAAACGUUGCUUUAAAAGCGUAGAACGAAAAUGCGUAUUGGAGACUGGAAAGUAGUAUUAUGACGUCAUGCGGACAUUUGAGACUGAAAAAUAUCCACAUUGUGUGCUCUUGUGUUCUGUAGAAUAUGUUUAAUUUUACGCUUUCUCAUUUUUUCGCGAACAAAAUAGAAAAUAUUUUAUAGUCAA